AGUAACCGGCGUUUUUUUGCGAUGUGAAAUCGCCCACAUCAAGAGCACAUCUUCAACAUUUGCGGUCUUCUCUCCUCACCACCGCUGCGCUGCCCCAAGAGAGAAAAGAAAGAAGAGGUCGGCCCACCAAAAGGAGAAAGCAGCACGUCUAUUCAAUCAAGACCGCCUUUGCAGGUCUAAGUACGCAAACAACCCACCAUAGAAGGGAGAACGGGAAGACGCGUUCACGGCGGGUUUUUUGUGUCCUUUCUCUCUCCUCCAGCUGGCGCUUUCGUUUCUUUCCCCAACAAAAGCUCUUCUGUUGCUCGCACAGUGUUCCGUGUUGGGUUGGACCAUUCGUACCCGUUUGUUCGAUCGCGGGGGGUUUCUCGUUGCUUACUCAAUUCCGUGCAAAGCAAACCUUCAAUAAUACAGAAAAAGCAGAGAGGGAGAGAGAGAAGUGAAUCCGGACGCCUCCGCGGUCCCUCGCGACGUUAAUCGGUGCGAACGGAGACGGCAGUGCCGGCGUUCGCAGCUCUGUCAUGUCGGAGUUUGUCACCGCGUACGUCGGCGCACUGCACAGCUUCGACCUCCACACGUGGGCUCUGUUCACCGCCGUGCAGGACAACGCUGUUCGUUCCGCGGACCGGCUGCUGCUCGGUGUGGAGGAAAAGGCGCUGCAGCCGGCCGUGGGCGUGACGAGUAGCUCUACGACGCCCGCCGCGGAGGCAGAAAGAGGGUCCCCUGCGCCGUCGCCGUCUCUCGCCUCACAUCAGCUGCCGUGUACGUCAGCGUCGCAGUGCCCACGAAAGCCCUCGUCGGAAGUCUGCUUCUUACGGCAGGUGGACCCCGACGCACUGCACGCGCGCCCCUCCGCAGAGAAGUCAGCGGUGACCUUCUGCCAGCUAUUACAACAAGAAUUGAUGGCACUGGGGCCGAGCGGCGAAGACGUGCAUGAUCGCACGUCGUGCGUUUCAACGCCUGUUUUUCGUCAUCUCAGCUCCUUUAGUCAGGCGCUGCUCGCCUUCACGGCGCUGUGGCUGUGCACGAAGUUUUGGGGCACCGUUUCGGAGAGCUCGACACUCAGCGGACUGGUCGCGUGCUUCCUGCGAGAGACGCAACACACGCAGCAGCCCCACUCGGACACACCAACGCCACCGCAAGGACACCAUGCGAACUGCGAGCAUCCGGCGCGAAAGGCGAACUGCCGUGGCGAUGAAGCCGAUGCACCUGCGCAGGCCGCGCCGCCGGCAACAUCCGAUAAAGCGUGCGGGACGCCGCCCUGGCCAGAACCAGCUGCGGGUGUAGUGGAGGGUCUUGCCUUCACGCCGCCGCAGUCUCCAGUGGAGGCGCCACACCAUUUUUUUAAUGGAAUGCGCAUCCAUGACGAUAAUCCGACCUCUUCAGUUGUUCUUACCGCUGCUGCGGUUGCUGUGGCUGCCUCUGAGCCCGAAGGCACCGCGCCGCUGAAGACGGUUCGAUUAGAGGAGGAGUGGAAGGCAGCAACGGACACACUUCAUCUGGAAAGCGCAGCGAGCGCCGGUGGUGGGACACUGCACGACAGCGAUGGCCGCGUAUUUGCUGCCGUCCAUGUGGGUGAGGACGGCGCACUGGACGGUCCGCUGCUGCCGUAUCCGCAGAUGUGGUGCGAUGACACGGCAGACCCGCUCGACGCGGUCGUGCGUGAUGUCGAGGAUGCCGAAAUGGUGCUGCUGCGUUGUAGCGACUAUUCCAUUCCAGUGUGA